GUGCCGUAUCAAGAUGUUUUUCUUAUCUAUGCUUAAAGAGCCACACGGAAAAGUGUCAGCUCAUUAGAGACAUUGGGAAUUGGGAGUGUGUGUAUUAUUGUUAAAAGUCACAAUGCCGUUGGAAAAUUUGGAAGAGGAAGGUUUGGAGAAGAAUCCGAACUUGGAAUUGGCACAAACUAAAUUCUUGCUGAGUCUUCCCGAGCACAAGGAUGAUCCUAAUAUGAAAACGAAACUCCUGGAUGCUAUCAAAGCCGAUAAUAUGGCUCCAUUCUAUGAAGAGGUAUGUAAAAGCCUGGAUUGGACAGUAGAUGAAGCGCUUCUUUCUACAAUGAAGGCACAUAAUGCGGAACAGUUAAAGAAACAUGAUGAUGCUAUCGAAGAUGCUGAGAAAAAUUUGAGUGAAAUGGAAGUUCGAGAAGCUAAUUUAAAGAAAUCUGAAUAUCUGUGUCGAAUAGGCGAUAAGGAAGGUGCAAUCUCGGCAUUUAGAAAAACUUACGACAAAACAGUAUCAUUAGGACAUAGACUAGACAUUGUGUUCCACAAUAUUAGAAUUGGCUUGUUCUAUCUGGAUCAUGAUCAUAUUACGAGAAAUAUUGAAAAAGCUAAAAGUUUGAUAGAAGAAGGUGGUGACUGGGACAGAAGAAACCGUUUGAAAGUCUAUCAAGGAACAUAUUGUAUAGCAGUUCGCAACUUCAAAGAAGCUGCAAAUUUCUUUUUGGAUACUAUUAGCACGUUUACAAGUUAUGAACUUAUGGAUUAUAAUACAUUUGUGAGAUACACAGUAUACUUGAGCAUGAUAAGUCUACCACGUAAUGAACUGAGAGAUAAAAUCAUUAAGGGAUCCGAAAUAUUAGAAGUUCUCCAUAGUAAUCAGGAUGUCAAGGAUUAUUUGUUCUCAUUGUAUAAUUGUCAUUAUGCAGAUUUCUUCAAAAAUCUUGCACAUGUUGAAGGAUUGUUGCGCCGAGAUUAUCUAGUAUUUCCGCAUUAUCGAUAUUACGUUCGAGAAAUGCGAAUACUCGCGUAUACACAGUUACUGGAAUCUUAUCGAUCAUUAACUCUUCAAUAUAUGGCUGAAGCAUUUGGUGUUACGGUAGAAUACAUCGAUCAAGAAUUAUCACGCUUUAUAGCAGCUGGCCGAUUACACUGCAAAGUUGAUCGAGUCGGAGGUGUAGUCGAGACGAAUCGGCCAGACAGUAAGAAUUGGCAAUAUCAGGCAAUGGUAAAGCAAGGUGAUCUUCUACUCAACAGGGUGCAAAAAUUAUCGCGCGUUAUUAAUAUUUAAUGUCAUACAUUAACAUUAAUACAGAAAAUAUAUACUAUUAACUUAAAAUGAUCAAGAUCGAUUGUUUGGAUCUUUACCAUAUAUCUGUUUUAAAGAGCCUGUGUAUUCAAUUUUAGCAUAAAUUUUGUAAUAAAGAAAGCUAGAAAAACUUGUGUU